GCCUCAGCGCGGCCGGAAGUGGCAGUCUGGGCGGCGGGUCCGGGUCCGGUGCCGGCCCCGAGCACGGCCCCCGCCCGGUCCCUUCCCGGUUCCCUCCCGGUCCCUCCCCGCCCCUUCAGCCACCCCCCAGCCAUGCACCCGCGGCGCCCCGACGGCUUCGACGGCCUGGGCUACCGCGGAGGCGGCCGCGAGGAGCCGGGCCCGGGCGCCAGGCCCUUCGGCGGGUCGGAGCUGGGCCACUGGGUGACCACCCCGCCCGACAUCCCCGGCAGCCGCAACUUGCACUGGGGCGAGAAGACGCCGCCGUACGGGGCCGGGACCCCUCUGGGCGGCGCCGGCCCCAACGAGGAGCCCAAUCUCGGGGCGGGCGGCCCGGGCGCCGAACAGUUGAACAGAUUUGCAGGCUUUGGAAUUGGCCUUGCAAGCCUAUUUACAGAAAAUGUGUUGGCACAUCCCUGCAUUGUUCUACGUCGUCAGUGUCAGGUUAAUUAUCAUGCUCGGAAUUACCAUCUCACUCCAUUUACUAUUGUCAAUAUUAUGUACUGCAUCAAUAAGACACAGGGUCCAAGAGCUCUCUGGAAAGGAAUGGGCAGCACUUUCAUUGUUCAGGGCAUAACCCUGGGAACAGAAGGCAUCAUCAGUGAAUUUACACCUUUGCCGAGGGAGCUUUCACAUAAAUGGAACUUCAAGCAGAUAGGUGGACAUCUUUUACUCAAAGGUUUAACGCAUGUGAUAGCAAUGCCUUUUUAUUCUGCGAGCCUGAUUGAAACUGUACAGAGUGAAAUAAUUCGAGAUAAUCCUGGCAUCCUGGACUGCGUGAAAGAAGGAAUUGGCAGAGUUGUAGGCCUGGGAGUGCCCCAUAGCAAGCGCCUCCUCCCUCUGAUGGUCCUGACUUUCCCAACUGCUGUACAUGGAGUUCUUCACUACGUCAUCAGUUCCAUCGUCCAGAAGCUUGUUUUGUUUGUUCUGAAAAGGGGUAAUUCCCACAACCUUCCAACUGAGAGCUCCACUUCUGUGCAAAGCAUGCUGGAUGCGUAUUUCCCAGAACUGAUUGCUAGCUUUGCUGCCAGCCUUUGUGCUGAUGUCAUGCUUUACCCACUGGAAACAGUUUUACACCGCCUUCAUAUUCAAGGGACACGCACAAUAAUUGACAAUACAGACCUUGGCUAUGAAGUGCUUCCAAUCAAUACUCAGUAUGAGGGAAUGAAAGACUGCAUAAAUACUAUAAAACGGGAAGAAGGAAUGCAAGGUUUUUAUAAAGGAUUUGGAGCAGUUAUAGUACAGUAUACCUUGCAUGUGGCUGUUUUACAGCUUACCAAAAUUAUUUACUCAACAGUGCUUCAAAACGUUUCUUAAUCUGCCCAGGUCUGGAUCUGGCAAAGUGGUCGUGAUUGACUUGCUAGCCUAGUUGUUUAAAAUGGCUUAGAAAAUGAACUUUGAAGAAUCCACUCAAUGGAUUCUCCUUACACUGUAAAACAACUUGUUUUAAAAAUGGGGAUAUAGUUUCCGAAGUGUAAUUAAAAAAGUACUGUUUAAAAGUGAUAGACACAAAUUGAGUACAUCAUAUGCAGUCAUAAAAGGGGAUCAGAUUUCAAAUGUGAUUGCAGUGAGAAUUUAUCUUUCACCAGUUCACUGACUGAUAUGGAUAUGAGUUGUUAAUAUCUGUUAAUAUCUGCUUUAUAAGCAUCACAUCUGAUAUUUAAUAUGGACUGUUAGCCAGUUCAAAGGAAUUUAUUUUCUUAAGUUGUAAGAACUUCCAAGUGGGGGACUGAUGGCUUUACUUGUCUUUUAAAAAUGUUUCCAACGUCGCCGUUAAUGAAACUGCGAGUUAAAUAGAAACUGUAAAAGUAACUUAAGUAGACUUAAAUGUCAUAACUUACAGGUACAUAGACUACUUAUUUUGCUGCAGCAUGGCAGAAGAUGACUUAGGGAAUCUUUUGCUUUUUAUGAAAACAAUGAAAAAUGGAUUUUGGGCAAAGUUGCACCAAAUGCAAAUUUGACUGUCUUGCAGUUUGUUUGCAAGGCUUACAAUGACUAAGGUGCGUGAAUAAAGCAAAUUGGAAACUGA